AAUGCAUUAAAUACAAAAUGGCUGUACACUGCAAUAUGGCGUAGAUCUCCAAUUAAAUAGUUAUUUCUUCUUCUGUCAGAGAUUAUGCCGUUUUUUAAGUCAAGAAAAGUCAGUAAAGAUGAAGCAAAGAAACGGGUGGAACGAUGUCUGGUCGUAGGAAGAGAGUCUCCAGAUCCAGCUUUUGAUUUGUCAAAUUGUGGAGCAACAGAGGUAUAUAUGUGCUCUAAAUCUAUCCAUGCCUAUUUGAUUAACACUGAUAAUAUUAACUAUGUGCCGGUGCCGUAUUUUUCUCAACAGGUCUUAGAUCUUCAUAACAAUCAAAUAACUACACUUCCAGCUGAUAUUCAUGAGCUAAAGGCAUUGCAGGUGUUGAAUGUUCAAGGAAAUAAGCUCAAAGCUCUUCCUGCAGCCAUUGGAAACUUGACAUCUCUUCAAAGCUUAAUCCUGCAAGGAAAUGAUCUUCGCUCCUUACCACCUGAAAUUGGCAAUUUAAAAAGCUUGAGAACACUUAAUAUAUCAGAAAACAGCAACUUACCUGGAGUUCCACCCACCUUGGCUCGUGUAAGAACUUUAGAGACUAUUAUUCUUGAUGUGGACAAAAUAACUUUCCCACCUAAAGAUGUGUCAUCUGAGGGGACAGCAUCAAUUAUGAAAUAUCUUUGCAAAGUGGCUGGAAUUGAGUAUGUUCCUCCAUCCAAACAUUUGUUAAAUGUGUUAGAUCCAGUUGGAAAUGGAACAGCUAAAGAUAAACGAUUGGACCCCACUCCAGUGGAUCAGCUUUUGGCAAGCACUUUAUCACAGCAUGAGGCAGAAAAGGAAAAAAGAAGACAGCAGAUGAUUGAAAUAGAGAAACAAAUUCAGGAAACAGAGCUUGAACAGCAGGCCCUGGCUGCGAAGGCCAGUAAGCAGCGCAUUGACCUUAUGGACAAGAUACGAGUGGCCGAAGCAGAAAUGGAUGACCGCACAUUAUGGAAACAACAGCAACAAGAUCUUGAAAGACAAAAACUGGUGUCAGUAAUGGCAGCAGAUGAACAGCUCACCAAUGACACUGUGGCGAUGAUAUUACAAGUUAAUGAAAGAGCUCAGAAGGCGGAAAUGAUACUUGAUGAAAUGGAGAAAGAAAGAAUGAGAACUGAAGAGCUGAUCAAGGUCACACAGGAAGAAGCUGAGAAACUACGAAAGGAGGAAGUUCUAGCUACUGCCGAAGCAGAAAUGGAUGACCGCACAUUAUGGAAACAACAGCAACAAGAUCUUGAAAGACAAAAACUGGUGUCAGUAAUGGCAGCAGAUGAACAGCUCACCAAUGACACUGUGGCGAUGAUAUUACAAGUUAAUGAAAGAGCUCAGAAGGCGGAAAUGAUACUUGAUGAAAUGGAGAAAGAAAGAAUGAGAACUGAAGAGCUGAUCAAGGUCACACAGGAAGAAGCUGAGAAACUACGAAAGGAGGAAGUUCUAGCUUCCAUGGCUCGCCUUUUAGAAAGUCAAGAAAGUCAAAGUCGACUUAUAAGAGAAUAUGAACGAACGAGAGAGAAGACUGCUAGUCAGGCCAUGAAUGAGUCUGUAGAAGCUGAUGCACGGUUGCUUGGCAUUUUGAAUGAACAGUACGACGACAGAGAUACUCUUAUUUCUGAGAUCUCCAGAGAGGAACGUGCACAGAUGGAAGCAAUUCAAGCUCUUCAACUUCAGACGGACGCAAAACAUCGCAGAAUCACAGGCCAGAUUUCAAUGCUGCAAGACGAACUGGCGAAACUGACGCUCACAGAACUGGAGAAGAGAGACGAACGGCAGGAUGUUGAGAGGACUGUCCUGGAGUCGAAGAGAGAAGCUUUAACUGGUCUGCUGGUUCAGCUUGUUGGAGAACAGCACAAAAGGGAAGACGAACUGAUGAAGAGACUCGUUGAGAUGGAGCACAAAAGAGAAACUGAUAUCGAGGAUUAUUGGUUGAUACAGUAUCAGAGGUUACUGCAGAGUAAACCUCUUACUCUGCUUGAAAAGGAGUGCGAUAGUGUCAUUUCUGACGUACUUGCCGAGGCAGAGGCCCAAGACUACGCUUCACACUUCGCUCGUCAUCGCAUCACGUGGGAAAUGCUUAAAACUAUGACAGACAAAGAACUCAAAGAGCUGGGUAUACACGAGCUUGGAGUUCGUAAGGCAAUCCUGAGCGUGGUCCAAGAACGACUCCGUUUUGACACCAAGGCAAAGGAAAAGGCAAAAGAGAUUGAAAGACCUGAGGCACCAGUCCCUCGAGCUCCUGUGCUGCCAACACAACCCUCGCCAUCAGCACCUGUACUGGAGAACCGGGACAUGACAACAGAAUGCGUGAUCUGCAUGGAUCAGAAGUCGGACGUGGUGUUGCUGAAUUGUGGUCACGUUUGUUGCUGUUUCAACUGUUCCAACUCGCUAGCCAACUGUCCAAUAUGUCGCAACCCCGUGGUGCAGCGGGUCAGGAUAUUCCUCUCAUGAUACGUCUUUGCCUUUUGGUUAUGUUACAAGCAAGUUUUCAGUUUGUAGAGCUAAGAGGGAAUGGCUUGGAAAGCAAAAGCCUCCCACACCUCUUAUACGUUACGCAAACUAGGGCAAGAAACACAGCAAAUCCUCGUAGAUUAUUAUUGUCUAAUCAAAAUAUGGCGCUAACAUUAAUGUUAGCGUGAUCUCGUGUUGCUUAGCAACCUCAAAGCUGAAAAUUGCGGGCUCCGUCAACUCGCAAAAGGUACCUGUACUGUCGACUACAACACUGAAAGCUUAAGAAGUGACGUUUGCUCAAACGUCUACUAUCACAUACACUUUGCUCUAACAAAGGACAAACGCUCGAAAAUCGCUACUACGGUUAAUUUGCCUCGAUCAAUUUCAAGAUACUACAAGAAUAUAUAUCAGAUAGUAACGUGUUUCACUUAAUUUUUCUUUAAAAAUUAAUAACCUUGCAUCAGGUAUAUGUACUUGUUAUAGACAUCAAACUUAGCAGACUAGACCUAAACUAUGUUUUUAGCCUACAGUGCAGGUAGUUUUGGUGGCGAGUUCGCAAGAAGUGGGACGCGUGAGAGAGGGCGGGUGGCUAAUCCAAUACGGAGGCCUAAACACUCGAUACGGGAGCACUCGCUCGCCCAAAAUACGCCUGCACUACUGGCUACCAUGUUUUGGAACAGUCUCAGUUCUGCGUCGCUGGUCGAUUAUCAAGUCACCCUGUUCAUUAUCGUGUCAAGAAACCCGUCUAAGACUGUCAUUUUGCGAAGUUAAAUUCAGGCGGGUACACCUUCAAGCAAUUUUCUUUAAUCAUUUGUAGUAGAUGAACUUCUAUAGAGACAGGAUGCAUAAAUAGAAACUUCCUAAUCCAGACAGUGCUUGUACCAACAGAGUGUUGUCUGGAGCAAAUCUUCGAACUAAAUUUUUACGUUUAAUAUCACGCAUGCAUAUUUAAGUUUUCAGUUUAACUGAUAUUAUUUAGGCUUCGUUUGAAAUUUGUAAUCUUUUGUUAUUAGUCUUUUUAAUGAAACCACAAAAACACGCUUGGAACAAACGUGUUGUUGAAAUAAUCGAAAAUUAAUGGCAAACAAUUUAGGUAGAAAAGACUCUUCCCUUGUACUCUUAGAGAGUAAUGAGCGUUCACGUAUUUCUCAUAAAGUUCAUUGAACAAGAUGCUAUGACUAAAUGAACUAAUUACUGUAAUUCUCAUAGAGUUUCAAAUAUCGAUUGUUCCGUAUUCAAGAGCGUAGUGUAAAUUCAUUUUAGCUGCGUUUAGAGAGACUAAGAGCUACAAUUAAGACAUUAAACGUUUCAUUGACGACUUUGUUAAACCUUUGAGACCUAAUACAUCAGUAACAGUCUAAGGCCCCUAAAUGAAGACGAAACGAAUUGUUGUAUACAAAAGCAACAACUUGAACGGAGAAUUUGAAUGCGAUUGAGUUUAACUGAUCUCAGUAAUGAAUUCCUGUCUUCUCAUGACCUGUUUGCCAGACUGCUUUGGAGGCAAAUUAGAUCCUGACGCUGUUAGGUUUAAGAAGGUUAACAAACGCACUUAAUGAUUUGGAUAUUGGUAAAAUCAGAGGCUUGUCUAGAAAGAGCAAAUUUUGUCACCUUUUCUUUGUUGUCAACAUAGAUUAUAAAACCUGUUUUCUUUUCAGGCUCUAGGUGUAAUUCGCUUUCAUUGAAGAGAAGAAAGAGCAGUGAAAAAGCAUUAUUAUAAUGUAAUUAAGUUACUUCUUUUGAGGGUAACCAAACCCUAAUUCAGUGAUAAAAGAAGUUAAAUAAUUGAACUCUCUUUUGUUAUCUUUGAAUUCGUUUCAUGAUUGGAGCAAAUUUGGCAAUUUUAAGCAAGCUCCAAGAAAAUAGCAUUUUGUACGACUGGUUAAUCAAAGCGAAAACGUCAAACCAUUGCUUCAUCUUUUGUAGCAUACUGUAGGCACCAUAGUUUUAGUAAGUCGCUAAAUAUGGGUAUGGUUCAGUCAUUUAUCUGAGAUGGAACUCAUAAGAUGCGGAACUGAUAAUUUUUCCCGACUGCUUGUUGAAUAAAGUGAAAGGAUUACAAAACGGAAAAAGAUGGCUUAAUGGAGAAUGAAAAUUGUGGCACGCAAUUUCAGUUCUUGUUUAUAUUGUAUAUAAAGGACAGUGCUUAGUAAAUGUAGGCAGGCGUUAUUAAACAAACUGUCCAACUGCACAUUAAAUACAAUUUUAAAAACACA